UCUAUUUCUAUUCUCUUUCGUUUCAUUUCUUCGCUUUCUGUGCUUAUUGGUCGUGGCAAUUUGUUCUGUAAAUUGGGUAUAUUUCUGGGUUGGAUUCUUGAAAUUGAAGGCGGCUUCUUUAGAUUGACCCUCCAUAUAACUUGUGAAAGUGAAGCAUAUUUAAAGGGUUGUUAUAGAAGUGAAUGGCAGAGGUCUGCUCUGGAGUAGUCACUGAAACCGAGGCAUCGCCGCCGUGCGAGUCAAGUUCACGGGCGUCGAGGCGGAGGAGAAUGGAGCUCCGCAAGUUAAAAUUUAUUGCCGGUGUAACUCCACCAGAAACAGAGAACGGAAUAAUUAAACGUCCAAAAUUAGAGCUUUGUUCCACCUCUGUUUCAAGAUUCUGUGAUAACGCUGUAGACAAUUCUAGCACCGACGAUGAAGACCAAGUGAGAUUAGUGACUAAAGGGUCACCGCCAACUAUUAUUUUGGCUCCAAUUUUGAGUCCUUUGAAUAAUUCGACUCUUCUUGUUCAGUCAGUGGCGAGUCCAAAAUUCGGGUUCGCCUCAGUUUGUGGACGGAGGAGAGAUAUGGAAGAUGCGGUGGCGAUUCAUCCAUCUUUUUGCCAAAUGAAACAGGAAAACAGUGCAGAAUUGCAUUACUUUGCCGUAUAUGAUGGUCAUGGAUGUUCUCAUGUUGCGACGAAGUGUGAAGAGCGAUUACACGAGCUGGUGAAAGAAGAGCUGGAAAAUAACGAAGGAAAUGACGAGUGGGAGCUUGCAAUGGACCGAAGCUUUAAUCGUAUGGACAAGGAAGUAAUUGCAUGGAACAAGAGCAUGAUCCGUGCCACGUGUCGGUGCGAGCUUCAUACGCCGGAAUGUGACGCCGUCGGUUCAACGGCGGUAGUUGCUGUUGUAACGGCCGAUAAGAUUAUCGUUGCCAAUUGUGGCGAUUCUAGAGCUGUUCUUUGCCGAAAUGGCAAAGCCAUCCCUCUCUCUAACGAUCAAAAGCCGGAUCGUCCAGAUGAGCUAAACCGGAUUCAAGAAGCUGGUGGCAGAGUAAUUUAUUGGGAUGGUCCUCGCGUUUCAGGCGUUUUGGCUAUGUCAAGAGCCAUUGGUGAUAACUAUUUGAAGCCGUAUGUGAUAUGCGAGCCAGAGGUGACAAUAACGGAUCGAACGGCGGAAGAUGACUGUUUAAUUCUGGCAAGCGACGGAUUGUGGGAUGUAGUGUCAAACGAUACUGCAUGCGGCGUUGCCGGAAUGUGCCUGAAAGGGAAGGCACCUGUAUCGACUGCGGCGGCAUCUAUGCCGGAAAAUGUAGCCGGCGGGGAGAAUCCCGACCAGAGUUGCUCCGAUGCGUCUAUGCUUUUGACUAAACUAGCCCUGGCGAGGCGGAGUUCGGACAACGUCAGCGUUGUCGUGGUUGAUCUGAGGAGGAACUCCUAGUGCAUGUCAGAGUCCCGUCUUUUUUGGAAUUUUUACGUUUGCAUCUUUUAUUUAAUGUCACAUUUUAGGGGGGUUUUUUUCCUCCUUUUUGGGUGUCUUUUUUUAGAUUAGUUCUUAGACAGUUGAAAUUUGUUUUUUUUUGGGGGGGG